AUGAAAAAAAUAUUCGGGCUCCCUUUAAUUAGAAUUCUUACACUUAGCGCCUUAGUAUGGGUAACUCCCAAUUGUUAUGGGUCGACUAAUUUGUGGGAAUCAUGGGAACACCGAAUAAACUUAAAUAAAAAGUUAGAUGUAAAGAAUAGCAGGUUAUUAUGUGGAAGACACGAACAUUUUGCACAUAGGAGAAAUGUAAAUUUAAAAGGAAAAAAAUAUAAUGUGUUAGAAGAUGAGGAUCAUUAUGGAAGAGGAUCCCUAAAUAAAACGAAGAAUAAACCUAAUGCUCGGGAUGAAAUGCAAGAUAUGAGAUUUCGUGACAAACCUGAUAAAUCAGGAUCCAGAAAGAAACGUGGUGGACAUUUUGAGAAAAGAAAGGAUAAGUUCAUAAAUGAAAAAAUUAAUACAGGAUCCAAUGCUAGUACUUAUGGUAAUGAAGAUGAUAAUUUUCUUAAGGAACCAGAGGAUGGUUACUAUAGAAGAGAAGAAAAUGUUGAUUAUUGGGAAGGACUCAUCGAAUGUAAGGAACUACCAAGUAAUGAUGUUCAUGAAAUACAGAAGAAGCCAGAAGUAAGUAAUAAAGAUUUAGUAAACCUUCCCGUACCACCAAAUAACAAGGAUCUUCAAGUGGCGGAACACUACGAUUAUUACCGUAUAAAGAAAUGCAUAUGUGAUAAAUUCAUAAAUCUACUUAGCAAAAUAGAUAUACAAUUUCAAAUAGAGUUUAUGCGUUACAUAAAAGCAAAGAAUUAUUCUGCAGAACGUGAAUUUUUGGAGCUUCGAAGUAGAAAAGACAAGAUUUUUUAUUAUUUUAGGAGGCACAAGGUAUUUUUGCCACUUAUAAUACAAGCUAAUAUUUUUUCUGUAUUUUUACUGUUGUUCCUUUCGACAAGUUUUGCAUCCGUUGCAAUGGCCAUAAUGUCUAUUAUUACAGGUCAAUUCCUGUUAUAUAUGAGCUACUAUUAUUUAAAAGGAUAUAUUAGGAUAAGAAAAAUGCACAGAACUUUCAAAAAACAUGGUGUUAUAAUGGGAAAAUGA